AUGGCAGUGACGGCAAUGACGGGACCAACAAUAGUAGCAACGCCGACGGAAGGGGCGAUUUCAAGAGGAUCACCGACAGAAGCAGCAACUGCAACGAGAUCGCCGACGGAAAGAGCGAUAAUGGCAGGCACGACAUCCAUGAAGCAUCUCCAAUUCCUAACUCCUAAAACCCCCCAUCGUUGCCGACCAGGGAGUGCGCCCGAUGUGGUGCUUCAAACCUAUAUCCAGCUUGCGGCGACUGUAAUCGGGCGCAUCCAUUCUUGCAUACAUAGACGUGUCAGCAGGGGAAAUGGGCCGAUAGACAUCGACGACGUAGAGUUCUUUGAGAGGCAAUCGGAUCUCCUUGAGAGCGCAACAAAUUUCUGCGAACAGAGGCUCAGGGUACGCCCGCACAAUCACUGCGGCUAUAUGUACCUCACCCGGGAAUUCGAGUUGUAUGUCACAGCUGGGCCAUCGGACUAUGAAGCCAUAAAGCGUGCCUGGAUACCGAAGGAAGAAAUUGUACGGCUUGAGGGCAAGAGUAAGGCAUCGCUGAAGAAGAUCUGGAAGGCCUGCCUUGAAGAAUUUCGUGUUAGAUUCAAGCGCGCUACGCUACAGAUCGAGGAAGUGCGUCAAGAUUAUGUACAUGGCGGCGCGUGA